AGUUGAUUUCGUGUCUUCACAUCUCUCUCUCUCUCCCUCUUUCCAAUAUAAGUGUUUUAUUAACUUUGGUUGUAGCUUCUUCUUCUUUGUUUGUUUCACACCUACGUUGUUGUCUUUCUUCAGAAAACAAUGUCGGACCAAAGCCUCGCCCCUGAGAUGGCCUUCACCGUCGCCUCAACCUUCCUCUCCUACUACUACAGCGAGUUCGUGAAGCUGAACGAGUUGGCCCGCAUGUCGGACCUCUACGACGAGCGCUCGUACAUGACCCUCGUUGACUUCCGCGAUGAGGUGCCGGUGGUGGCGCACGGCCGCAACGCCGUGGCGAACUUGUUGGCGAAGCUGGACGGCUCGCUGGGCCAGCGGAAGGUGGAGAUCAUCACGGUGGACACCGUCGCGCUGCCGCACAACUGCGUGCAGGUGAUCUGCCAGGGUGUGAUGUACCUGCGCGAGUACCGCCGAGUGUUUCUGCACGUGUUUGUGCUCGAGCCGACGGCGUACCGCACCAAGACCUAUCACAUCUCCUCCGACUACCUCCGCUUCGUGGACUCGGAGAAGGAGGUGAUUCCGGAGGGGUCUGUGGUGAUCGCGGCGGAUCAGGUCGCGAACUACCUAGAGGAGAGCCGCCGUCGCGUGGAGGAGGAGCAGCGGCGGCAGCUGAUCGAGUUCCAGCAGCGCAUCCGCGCCCAGCAGGAAGCCGCGCAGGCCAGGGCGAAGGCCGAGGCCGAGGCGGCGCGGGCAAAGGCACAGAGGGAACAGCAUCAGCAGCAACAGGCCGCCGCGGCUGCCGUGCGUAUCCCGCAGCCGGCGUCUCGCCAGGGCCGGGCCGAGGGUCCGCACCCGCACCGCAACGAAGCCGCGGAGGGCGGUAACGACCGCCGGGAGCGCCGCGAGCGCCCACCGCGCGACGGCGGCAACAACGACCGCCACGAGCGCCCGGCGGGGGCCGCGGGGACGCGCCACAAUGAGGAGGGCCGCCCGGAGCGCAAGCCGCGUGAGCAGCGGGGAGACGGUCGCGCAGAGCGUGAACCACGUGGAGAGGGCCACGCCGAGCGCAAGCCGCGUGGGGACGGUCGCCCCGAACGUGAGCCGCGUGGAGAGGGCCACGCCGAGCGCAAGCCGCGUGGGGAAGGUCGCGCGGAGCGUGAGCCGCGCGGAGAGGGUCGCGGCGAUCGCAAGCCGCGGGGUGAGGGCCAUGCGGAGCGCAAGCCGGUGGAGGGUAGUGACCGUCGUAAGAAGCCGGCUGCUGCGGGUGCUGCUGGUGAUGCCGCUCCUGCUGCACCGGCCCCUGAGCGCAAGCCGCGCGCGACCGGCCCCACCGCUGCCUGCAUCCUGCUGCGGGUGCCAAAGAAGAUCAAGUUGUCCGACAUCAAGGCGGAGUUGGCCAGCCAAGGCGGCGCGGUGCCAGAUGACAUGUUCUGGUGCGGACCGAGCAGCGCCCACGCCGUGCUGAAGUUCGACUCCGUGGACAAGGCCACGGCGCUGUACUCGAAGAAGGUCUUUACGAUUCAGGAGGAGUCCAUCCCAGUCAACUACUACCACGAGUAG